AUGUGUGCCCUUCGAAGUCCUUUUGAUGUAGAACUUCCUUUUACAAUAUUUGGAAAACUAAGUCUGGCACUUGAAAAGACCCCGAGAAGUCCACCGGACAGGAGUCAUUCGGUGGCAGUGAUCUACUCGCUAGAAUAUCAAGAUCUAGGAUGGCAAGACGGGAUCGAUGAUGGCACGCAUUUCUCGCUCGUCCAACCGCACGUCGCCGACCACGACGAGCUCGUGCUAUCUGAGGUCAGCGCAAAGACUACGUACCCCGAAGCUUUAAAAAUAAACCGUAAGCUCCCAGGUCGACUUAGCGUCAAGAGCGAUUUACCAGCGACUCCGGGAGCGCAUAGCCGCGUACUCGUCGCUGGUUCAAUCUCCACUCUUGGUCCCGACGAGGCUUUGAGAAUAAGGCGCGUUGCUAAGACUGAGGAAGAUCGAUGGACAUAUCAUGCCUUUGAUGUGUGUUCUCUACUGCGCCCACUCGUGUGCAGGGUCCAAUUCAUGGACAAGACAACCUCGGGUUCUGCGGCCAUCCUUGAGGCUUGGAAUUCAGUACAAUUGGUGAGAAGAUAUACACCACUCAAUCUUCCAUGGGCCUCAUAUACCUUCCAGGCUUGGCACAGCACAUUGUUCUAUCUCAAUUAUCUUGUCUUCGAGUAUCUCCAGAACCCUGCCCUUCAAAGAUUCCCCGUCGGGAAAUGGAUGAGUCUCAAUAUCUUCGUCUGGGCAGUUGCACUUGCAUGUCAUGCAGCAUGCAAAAAAUUUGCUGGGCUUCUUGUUGUGCGCCUGUUGCUAGGCGUUUGUGAGGGGUCGAUCACUGCCGGAUUCUUGAUUGUACUACACUCGGACGGAACAGAUCCUACGUUAUUGGUCUGGCCCCUUCACGUGGAAGCUGCGGUAGGUUAUUCUUCGAGUGACUCUAGGAAGAUUGGCGCAUGUCACACCGUCUAUCCGGUACUUCUUCUUAUCAUCCGUGCCGUUCUCGUCCGAGAGAACCAGAUCCGUGAUGCUGAGCCUGUUGGCGAUGGAUGA